AUGCCACCAAAGGCGAAGCAGCAGGUGGAAGCUGUAUCCCUCGGACCUCAGGUCAGAGAGGGCGAGAUCGUGUUCGGAGUUGCGCACAUUUACGCCUCCUUCAAUGACACCUUUGUGCACGUCACGGACCUGUCUGGGCGUGAAACGAUUAUGCGCGUGACCGGUGGCAUGAAGGUGAAGGCCGACCGGGAUGAGUCGUCUCCCUAUGCAGCCAUGCUGGCAGCGCAGGAUGUUGCCGCACGUUGCAAGGAGCUUGGCAUCGGCGCGCUGCAUAUCAAGUUGCGAGCUACAGGCGGCACCAAGACCCGGACGCCCGGCCCGGGAGCACAGAGCGCCCUUCGAGCGCUGGCGCGAUCGGGCAUGAAGAUUGGGCGCAUCGAGGAUGUGACGCCGAUCCCAACGGACUGCACCCGACGCAAGUGCGGACGCCGUGGACGGCGUUUGUGA